AUGUUACUUUCCCGUCCACUCUAUCGAAUUAAGCCCAUCGUUCAGAGCCGUCCCCUCCUACCACCUUCCCUACGUCAACUUGCGCAACCCAAAAGCGUCUACAACAGGACCUUAACCGACAAGUCCGGCACAUGCUUGCCCAGCGAGAUAGAGCAGCAUAACUCCCGUUGGCUGCAACAGUUCUAUAGUAUCAGAGAUCGGGAAUGGGAUGCUGCGAAGUCUACUAUUUUACGCUGCACAACCAAUCACCUUGCAGGAUACAAGCCAGAUGAGAAUCAUGGUUUUCCAAACUGGCCAAAGUCUGCUAUAGAUGGCGUCUGGCUACAAUGGGUAGAGAGCAAGGACGCGCUAGAGAGGAUGGGCGUUGAAUUCAUUCGAGAACCCUUCGAAAAGUUUACUCAGAUGAAUCCGCGCACCUACAAUAUGAUCGGUGAUAGCGUUCUGAUUGAUCAAACAUCUCUCGCUUCCAUUCAAGCUGCUAUCAAUGACAAUGAAGCUUGGCUUAAUGCUUUUGUUUGGGCAAUUGAUCCGGAGUAUGACAAUACCAAUGAAUUUGACGAUGUUUAUAUCGGGCAUUAUAAACUGUAUUUAUACCGCGUUUUCAACGAUUUUUUCCACCUUGUCAAGGGACGCCCAAUGGAUCAGCUUACAGAAUGGGAUCUCGGUAGAUAA